GUUUCUUUUCCCCCGGCCCCCCUUAUCUGGGACUAUACGCAGUAUAUAAGAAAGAGGGAUGCAUGGGUCGUUGCAGAUCAAUUAUAUAUUGACCGCAUCAUCCAUCAUAGACGGCGUAACGGCGGGCGGCUCAGAAAAUUGAAUUAAAGUGCGGGCAUAUGAACAUGCGGUGGCGGCAGCAGAGUGGCGGUGGUUCUGAUGACGACUCAUGUAUUAUGCGGCCGGGAGAAGGCGGUUGUGGGGUUAUAAAUAAGAAGGCGCAGAAGGCGGCGUUUUCUAGUAAGGGGCGGGGGCGCCGCCGCGGAUUUGGAGUGCACAUCAAAGAGCAAAAGGGGAGGUUGUUUAUUAUCAGACGAUGCAUCGUUAUGCUCAUCUGCUGGCAGGAUUGAUUCACUCAUUCAUUCAUAUAUAUAUAGCAAGUAGCAAGCUUCAAUUCAAUUUCCACCUAUUCUAGCUUCAGAUUCUCCGUGUAUAUAUGAUCGGAUCAGAGAGGUGGAUGGAUCCAGUUCAAAUACUUGGAUUGAUUUUUUCUUUUUUUGUCCGUGUUCAGCUGUUCUAGGCAUUUCCUUUUCCAGAGCAGCUUAGUAAUUUGAUGAACAUGGAUUUCUGAUAGGUUUUAAUUUCUUGCACUUUGAUUCAAACUAACUGAAUGUUUAAUGUUGAUGACUUUUCUACAGUACAGAAUCACUUUCUAGCUCCAAAGAUUCAUUCGCAAUCUUUUAAAAAGUGAUGUCAAAUUAUGGGGUGGAAAUGACCUCAUUCUCAAAUGUGGUGUCUUUUUAUGCUCCCUUCUUCCCAUUAUUAAAUUCACAAUAUGAUUACCAAAGUUGUAGAUAUUUAAGAUCACAAUUUUGAGAAUAUCUUGAUCUUUUUGUUGCACGGGAUUUAAUAAUAUAUUCGUACGAUGCUUUCUUCACCAAUUACGGAAUAAAAAUAAAUUGAUAACCGUCUAGCAUUUCUACCAAACUACUAUCAUCAAUUUAGAAAAUCAUAUUUUGUGUCUCUUAGAAUUAUGAAAUAAUGAUAAAUAUAUGAUCGAAGUACAGAGGUAAUGGAUAAAAAUAGGACUUAAUAAUUACCGUAAUAACUUUAGUGAUCGUGGUCGUGUUCAACUCUAACACUUUUAGUGACUACGCGUUGUAACUGUAGUAAUAUUCUUUCCUAUAUUUUGUUAAUAUUUGUGGAAAAAUCCCUUUUAGAUGAAAAAAAGUGUAAAAAGAAAAAUAAAUAAAAUUGAAGAAAAACAAAAUAAAUGGGGUGAAAAUAAAAAAAGAGACAGAGCAAGUCCUAAAAUGGCGGAGCUCGCUCAUCCGUCACACAAGACCAACGGUACUCCGAAUGCGGCAAGAAGGAAAAAAUAACAAAUGUAUAAAUAAAUAAAAUAAAAAAAAUAUUUGUCAAUUGUCUUCCCUCAUGAUUUAGCAGAGCUUCAUACCGCCCUGUAUAUAAUAUCAGAUGAGCUGUAGUUGUCCAGCAUGAACUCUGUAGCAACUCGCCCAAUCAAGGACUAUGGUAGAGUCAGCGACUCAAGCAUAUCUAUUACUUGUCGUGUAUUUGAACCAUCUUCAAGUAGUAAUGCUAAGCACCGGGCUACGGUGUUGGAAUGGUUAAAUGAUACCCUUCCUGGUUUGAGUUUGCCUAUAAAUGCUUCUGACGAGGAACUUCGAGCAUUCUUAGUUGAUGGCAGUGUUUUGUGUCAACUACUGAACAGGUUGGAACCUGGUUCUGUGAUAGAGGAUGAUGGCUCUGGCCAUUCAUGGGAAUCGCGCUCACAAGAUGUUAGGAGAUUCUUAUCUGCUAUGGAUAAAAUGAGACUACCCAGAUUUCGUCCAUCAGACUUAGAAUAUGGGUCUAUGAAAAUUAUUGUUGACUGCCUUUUAACACUUAAAACACAUUUUGUGCCAAGUGUUGGAGAAUACAAAAAUUUGAAUAUGCGUACAUCCAAUCUAUCCGGAAAUGCUUCAAAUAUAAGAUGGAAGGGGUUGGGUGAACAUAUUGGAUAUGAUGUUUCUCCUCCUCAAAGACAAGAAUCUUGUCGAUCUAAUUCAUCACAAUCUUCUAGGCGUGCAUCGCACAGUCCUGUGGUGGCUGAUCCAUCUUCUGCAUUGUUGCAUCAAGUUGGGAAUACAUUCAAAGAAGUGUUUCAGGGUAAGCACGGAAGUUGUGUCGAUCGGCUACCAUCAAAUAUUUCAGAGUUGAAGAGAUCAAACAGUUUGGAUAAUGCUCCCACACACUCUCUUUUAAGCUUCGUGAAUGGAAUUAUAGAUGAAAGCAUUGAACGGAAAAGUGGAGUACCAGAACGUGUAGCCUUGCUGUUCAGGAAAGUGGUGCAAGAGACAGAAAGGCGGAUAUCUACACAAGCUGAACACUUGAGAAUGCAAAGUGAUAUGUUCAAAGCUCGUGAAGAGAAGUACCUAUCAAGAAUUAGAGAUCUGGAAGCCCUUGCAACAGGCGUCGAUGAAGUGACAAAGGAAUUAAGUGACAAGAAAAAGACGGAGGAGAAAAUGAGAACUACAGAACAUGGUGGUGCUCUAUUGAAGAUGAAUGAUAUCACCACUCAAGAAGACAUUGGAGCUUCAAGGCUAGAACUUGAAGCAGCUCAAAGAAGUAAUGAGCAUAACUCAGAUGUGAGAACAAAUGAAUAUGCAGUGGUUAGAUCGGUGAAGAGAAACAGUGAUAACUUGCAAAGGAUUGCAGCUUUAGAGAAAGAACCACCAGAAGCUUAUGAAGAGGCCCACAAAAUUAUUAAGCCUGAAAACAAUGAUACUCAUGAAGAGAUUGCAGUUCUAAAACAAGAACCAGAAGUUCAUCCAGAAGCUUAUAAAAUACAAAGUGAUGUGGCUCCGUUGAUGAAGGAAAAUGAUGCAGCAAAUCAAAAAAUUGCAGCUUUGAAGCAAGAACUUGAGGCAGAUCGAAAAGCCUUUGAGCACUGCUCACAAAACAAUAAUAAAGAUGAUAUCACUAAAUUGGUGAAAGAAAAGGAAGAUUCUAACAAAAUGAUUGCAAUUUUGAAGUUAGAGCUUGAAACGGCUCGAAAAACUUAUGAACAGCAGAUCUCACAAAUGAAAACUAAUGAGCACGUCGUGGUUAGAUUGAUGAAGGAAAAAGAUGAUGCUUAUCAUGAAGUUGCAGUUCUAAAGCAAGAAGUUGAAGCAUCUAGAAAAUCAGUUGAACAGCACAACCCACAAAUGGAUAAAAGUGAAAAUGAUCUGGUUAGAUUGAUUAAAGAAAAAGAUGAUGCCAUUCAAGAGAUUGCCUCUCUAAAGAAAGAGCUUGAAGGUGUUAAAAAAUCAUAUGAAGAACACUGCUUGCAGAUGAAAACAGAAGAAAGGGAUGUGGUAAAGUUGAUGAAAGAAAAGGAUGAUUCAAAUCAAGAAGUCGAUAGAUUGAAAAAAGAAUUUGAAGAGACUAAAAGAAAUUAUGACCAGCAGUGCUUACAAAUGAAGACAGAAACCACUGGAGCUCAACAUGAUCUAGAGAAAAGGUUAAAGCAAAUUACAAGCCUUGAGGAAAGAUUGAAGAAAGUUACUGAACAUUUUUCAGAAUCACAAAAAAGAGUGAAGGAACUUGAAAAAAUUUCAGAAGAAAAGUCUCAAAAGUGGAGUAAAAUACAACACAUCUACCAAAUAUUCACCGAAUUCCAGCUUGGAGCACUACGUGAACUCAAGUUUUCUUCCCAAUCAGUAAAGUCAGAAGUUGUUAAAACACAAAAGACUUAUUCAGAUGAUUUCAAUCAGUUAGGCGCGAAAGUGAGGUCAUUAGAAGACGCAGCUGCAAAUUACUCUGUAAUUCUUGCUGAAAACAGGAAGUUACACAAUGAGGUCCAGGAGUUAAAAGGAAAUAUUAGAGUAUAUUGUCGUAUUAGGCCGUUUCUUCCUGGACAAAAGGACAAGCAAACAAUUGUUGAAUAUAUUGGUGACAAUGGUGAGCUAAUUGUUGUGAAUCCUUCAAAACAAGGAAAAGAGGGUCGCCGUUCAUUCAAGUUCAAUACUGUAUAUGGUCAAUCUGCAACACAAGCACAAGUAUAUGCAGAUAUACAGCAAUUGGUACAGUCAGUCUUAGAUGGAUACAAUGUGUGUAUAUUUGCAUAUGGUCAAACAGGAUCGGGGAAAACAUACACUAUGACUGGUCCUGAUGGAGCUACAGAAGACCAAUGGGGAGUCAACUAUCGUGCUUUAAAUGAUCUCUUCCGAAUUUCACAAGAUAGAGGGAGUGCUUUCUCAUAUGAAAUAACUGUGCAAAUGGUGGAAAUAUAUAAUGAACAAGUUCGUGACUUACUGUCUAAUGAUAGCUCUCAGAAAAGACUUGGGGUUUUGACAACCUCCCAACCCAAUGGGCUAGCUGUCCCAGAUGCUAGCAUGUUUCCAGUUAACCAACCCUCUGACGUGUUGGAUCUAAUGAAUAUUGGAUUAAAGAGCAGAGCCAAAAGUUCAACUUCGAUGAACGAAAGAAGCAGCCGUUCACACAGCAUUUUAACCAUUCAUAUACGAGGGACGGAUAAGAAGAGUGGGUCAUCCAUGCGGAGCAGCCUUCAUUUAGUAGAUCUUGCUGGAAGUGAAAGGGUAGACCGAUCAGAGGUCAGUGGAGAUAGACUAAAGGAGGCACAACAUAUAAACAAGUCCUUAGCUGCCCUUGGAGAUGUCAUUUCUGCUUUGGCAACAAAGAGUCCUCAUAUCCCAUACAGAAAUAGCAAGCUUACUCAGGUUCUUCAGAGCUCCCUAGGUGGCCAAGCAAAGACCCUUAUGUUUGUGCAGUUGAAUCCUGAUGGUGUUUCAUAUUCUGAAUCCUUGAGCACAUUAAAAUUUGCUGAAAGGGCAUCUGGGGUAGAGCUUGGAGCUGCGAAGAGCAGCAAAGAGGGUAAGGACGUCAGAGAAUUGAUGGAGCAGGUUACAACUCUUAAAGGCACACUAGCAGCAAAAGAUGAUGAGAUUAUGAAAUUGAAGUUAAUCAAAGAUCCCCAAAAGGUGAAGGGUUAAGUGCACAUUGUUCUUCGAGAAUUUAAAGACCAAAAUCAAAACCACAAAUACCAAGAGGCUUCUUGCAGCGUCCAAAUGGAUUAAAUUGGGAUGUUAUGCCAGAAGAUAGCUGGAACGUAGCGUUAACAUUUAGUUGUAUUAUUCAAUUGAUUUAUUAUUUCUUUUUGGAUUUCCUCGUGCAGCUUGUUUAAACCAUUCUUCUGCCAGGAAAUCCUCUUAAUUUAUUAACUUAUUUGUUCCCCUUACUGAUUAGAUAUUCAGGUGUAUAGUUUUCGUGAGGGGUUAAUGACACACUUAGCACUUAGCAGUUUAAACUUUCUUUGGGACACAAUUAUAGGUAUGUGUACAUAAUAGUUGAAACUUGCAGAAUUUAGACUCAUUAUGAGCUCGACUCAAUAAGCAACUGAAAUUGCAGCAAUUGUAUAUUAUUCAGUAUUCUGUUGUUUUCUAUAUUCUUUACUAGAAAAC